CUUGCUCUUUCCCCGACAACCGCAGCCCACAAUACCACACUCCCACAAUGUCGUCUGCGCCGGCCAAACAAGACGCGCACCCGGCUGUCAAGGGCCCCAGCGCCCUGCGGUCCGUCCUCGCCGGCGCCACAGCCGGCGCCGUCGAGAUUGCCAUCACAUAUCCGGCCGAAUUCGCCAAGACACGAACACAACUCAACCGCAGGCUAGCCGAGGGCAAAAAGUUACCAUGGCCGCCAUUCGGCAGGCAGUGGUAUGCCGGGUGCACGACGCUGAUCAUUGGCAACUCGGCCAAGGCGGGCAUCCGAUUCGUCGCCUUUGACCAGUACAAGAAGCUGCUGGCCGACGCGGACGGCAAGAUGUCGGGCCCACGGACCGUCCUGGCUGGGUUCGGUGCCGGCGUGACCGAAUCCCUCCUCGCCGUCACGCCGACAGAAAGCAUCAAGACCACGCUUAUCGACGACCGCAAAUCCGCCAACCCUCGCAUGCGCGGAUUUCUGCACGCCGUACCCAUCAUCGCGCGCGAGCGCGGCAUCCGCGGCUUCUUCCAGGGCUUCGUCCCGACGACGGCGCGCCAGGCGGCCAACAGCGCGACCCGCUUCAGCUCCUACACGGCCCUCAAGCAGCUGGCCGAGGGCUACACGGCGCCGGGGGAGAAGCUGGGCUCCGUCGCCACCUUCGCCAUCGGCGGCCUCGCCGGCCUCAUCACCGUCUACGUCACCCAGCCGCUCGACACCAUCAAGACGCGCAUGCAGAGCAUCGAGGCCCGCACCACCUACGGAAACUCGUUCCGCUGCGCCGCCAUCAUCUUCAAGCAGGAAGGCCUCUUCACCUUCUGGAGCGGCGCCCUCCCCCGCCUGGCCAGGCUCAUCAUGAGCGGCGGCAUCGUCUUCACCAUGUACGAGAAGAGCAUGGAGAUCUUUGAUCGGCUGGAUCCGGAGAAGAAGUAUAUCUGAACAGGAGAAGUGAAAAUCCGAAUAUGAAUCCGGACGGGAGCCAAACUGGUUGGCGUCUUGGACUUU